AUGGAAGGCGGAGAUAUGGAUUCACUGUUUGAGGGGAUGGUGUUGUUCAAUUCUCAAGCAACAGAAGAAGCAGUAUCAUCGAGUUCCCAACCCCUUGACGAAGAUAUCUUCUCUGACCUCACCCUCGUUGUAGAUCCCGCCGACGACGAUCAUCUUCAAUCUCAAUCUUCCCAAAACCAGCAGCCCAGAAGGAGAAAACGAUCUGGCUUGAGAAUUGGAUACGGUAGAGACACAGUCGAUGUCGAUGUCGAUAUCGAUGCGGAUCCUUCUCCGCUGCCCCAACAUAUUUCUGCUUUCCCUGCUCAUGAUACCCCACCAUCUAGUGCUACUGAAUCGAUCACUCCUGAUAUUGAUGCUGAUGCUGUUAGUGUUACUGUUAAUACCCAACCAUCUAGUGCUGAUGCUGUUAGUGUUAGUGUUAAUACCCAACCAUCUAGUGCUGCUGGCAGUGAUUCAGCAGCACAAGUCGAAACUUUUUCCGAGGAAGGCUUCCGCCAAAUUAGGGACACAAUUCAUGACAAGCUUAAUCAUGCUCGUCAACUCGUCACUUCUGCAUCUUCUGCACGAAAGGAUGCGGUCAGGAGUAGGAGAAAGGCCCAAGAGAAUGCAAAUCUAGCUUCUCUCAAAUACAUGGAACUUGAAAAUCAAUUGGAACAAGCCUGUGAAGCUGAAGAUUUUGAAACCGCCGAAAAGGUUAGCCAAUACCUCUCUGCCGCUGACAAGGAGAAACAAAUCUUUGCCACUUCAUUGAAACAAGCCGAUGCCUUUCUCGCUGCUUUAGAUUUGAAUUUGCAGCAAGCCCUUGAAUCUCACAUAGCUGCCCAGGAAGAAUGUGCAAUCUUACUCCACCAUUAUGCAACGAAUGCUGUAAAUAAUGCAGAUUUUUCCAUCAAGAAAGCAACAUUGGUGCAUUCAAAAGAAAUGGAACAAUGGCUUUCAUCAUCAGAAGCCUUGGAGGUUAAAAGGAUGGAGUUGGAAAUUGAAUCACAUUUUAUUAGUGAAGCUCAUACAGAACUUAAUAACAACAUUGAGCAUUCAGUUGAGGAUGAUAAAAAAGAAAAAGAGAUCCUUUGCAAAAGAAAGAGCAUCCUAAUGGGUGAAUUGGAAAACCUUCUUGCUUUAGUAAAACAGAAAGAAAAAGAGAUAGCUGACAACGAUUCUGAUUUAAAAGCAGUAGACCAUAAGAUAAAUAAUGCUGUCUCUGGAUUUAAAGAGAUCCAGUCAACUAUUGAUGUGAAGUAUGACAAAUUGCAAUCUGUCCUUGCUCAAGUGAAAUUAGAGACUGAAACUUUGUCACUGAAGAAAGACGAAAUUGACAACUUUCUCGUUCAGGAAGAAGGAAUGGGAGCAAAACUUAGGGAAUUUGCCAGGGUUUCUGAGGAGGAAGCUAAAGGAUAUAUGGAAAUAGUCAAAUUAAGAAGAAGUUUGAUGUCAUAUAUAUUGAAGUCUGGGGAGGAUAAAAUGAGACUUACAAACAAUGAGGAAAAGCUUUCUGGAGACGUGAAAUUGUUUCAACAGGAGGUUUCUGCUGCCAGAGCUUCCUUGCAGGAGCUAACUUCAAGAAAGUCGAGCAUCCAACAAGAUAUAGCAUCCUUCAAGCAGAGGAUUAUUUUCAUAGAUAAGAGAGUCCCAGAACUUGAAGCAGAAAAGAAAGUUGCUACUGCUGCAAGAAAUUUCAAAGAGGCUGCCAGAAUAGCUACUGAGGCUAAAUCACUGUGUGUUGAAAAAGAGGAUAUUCAGGCGGAAAUGGAUACAGUCACUUCAAAUCUUGAAAAGCUUGAGGAUGAAAUUAAAGGCACCUUUGAUAAAUUGCAGGAGACUGAGGGAAUGAUCUUAUUGAAGGAGAAAGAGUUAGCAAUGGCUAAAUAUCAAAAGCUACUUUUGACAGCUGCUACUGCUAGAGCUGAAAAAAAGGCUGCCCAAGAAAUGGGUGAUACAGAAGAAGUUAAUAUCCUGCUUGCAGAAGCUGAGGCAGCUGACUGUGAAGCUGAGAGUAUUCGAUCAACAUACAAUUUCAAAGCAGAAGACGUUUCAAAUUUACCAAAAGAUUUGAUUUCAAUGGACCUUGUAUCAAUUAUUGAUAAAAAACAAUUGGAAAAAUUAGCUAUCACUUCAUCUGUUUAG